UAAAAGGAGCAAAAAAAGAAAUACACAUUGGUUCGAUAGCAAAGCUAACUCACAGGAGCUAUGAACCUGCAGUCCAUAGACACCGACGUUGCUGAUACAGUCGAGCAGAUUAAGCUGAAAUAUUUGGAGAGGAGGAAGCAGUUGCCAGCGUCAGAAGACAUUUUCAUAGCAACAAGGGAAGAGGCAAUACGACAGAAUAUUUUGGUGAACAGAUCCAAACGGCCAAGCAAAGAGUUGAAAAGCUACAGCAAAGCUUUACGUGAGCUGUUCAAAGCAGUUUCUAAUCAUCCUGACCAGCUUGGGAGUGAUCGUGGUCUGCAUGGCAGUAAUGAGGACCUGAGUGGGGACUCUGCAGAUUUGCUUCAGGACUCCCAGAUGCACUUUACAGAGACAGAUGUGACUCUGCCUUCUUCUCUGGAUGAUAGCCACGGAUCCCAGGGAAAUGCGACAGACGGAGAGCUGCAGAGAGUUCACCGACUCCCUGACUCGUGCCGUUCCUCUUCCUUAAUGCUAGCAAACGUGUACCAGGAGAUGAUGACCAUCUACGAACAACUAAAGGCAGAGCGAAGAGGCCAGCAGAGGUGGGAGAGGCAGCUGCAGGAGAGAGAGAGGAGGCUGAAGCACCAGGAGGAGGAGGCUGUUAGGAGGCUGGUCAGGCUCGAGGAGAUGCUACACUCCGGCACACCAUCUGUAGAGGAGAAACAAAAACAAGAGCUGAGCGAGCUGCAGGAAGUUAUCAGAGUGAGGAGCAAGGAGAACAGGAGGCUCAAGUCCAGCUUUGACACCAUCAAGGGGCUGAACGACAGCAUGAAGAAACAGUUGAAUGAGAUCAGUGAACGGAAUAAAAAGAUAGAGAGCCAAUCCAAGAGGGUGCAGGCUCGACUUGAAAACCUACAGAGGAAAUAUGAGCACAGCAUCGCAUUGAGAGGCUGUCAAAAAGCGAGUGUCAUUAAACCAUCCAAUAAGGAGAAAACAGCUGCCUCUGGAAAAUCAAACAACAAGGGCAGCUCUAGUCCCACCACUCUAAAGCUCCUGGCCCUUGUCCUGGACUGGGUGCUUGAUGGACAGACGUCAUCAGUGGCAGGAAACGCAGAGAAAGGUCUCGGCCAGUGUCUGCCUCCAGAGGUGGUACUCAACGAGAGAUGCCUGAAGGUGCUGCCAUUAUUAGCAGAUCAGCUUCAUCACACUCCUUCAUCAGAACCAGACCUCCUGCUAAACCUUCUCCGACUCAUCCACUGGUCUUUGAGACCGAUGGACAGCAGCACACCGCGUGUAGCACUAUCUGCAACUCUGCGGCGGAUAGGAGAGGAGGUAUCAAAGACCCCGGCACAGUUAGCAGUGCUUCAGUCUGAAGAUCCAGACCGGACCCCCUGCAGGAGCCGGCCCCUCUACUGCAGCCCCCAUCCUCACACACGCAUCCUCUCCACCCUCAUCAUCCUCCGCACCGUCACGCAAGCUGAUGUGUUGGCCCAGGCUCUGGACAGUCUCUGCACUGAGCUGAUGUCUGAGGAGAGCCGAGGCCUCUUCAUCCACUGUGGAGGUGUGUGUGUGCUGCUGUCGAUGCUCCGGGCUGGCCACGGAGGUCUUCACACACCUGUAGACAUCCUCAUGCAGCUGACUGAACAAUCACGCUUCUUAACUCCCUUCCUUGAGGCGUGUAGCUGUGAAGAGUUUUUCCGAACGGCCGCCCAGCUUCUCAAAAGCCCUCGCCUGGAGCUCCCGACGCUGGAGAAGAUCUCCAUCCUUCUGCAGAAGCUCUCCACGAUCAGGAAGAACCGCCAUCUGUUUGAACGGUCCUCCCUCCACCUCCAAAUACAAGAGCUUAAUCACAAAGCCAACCGCACACACAACUUCCUCUGCCUCAACCUCAGGUCCAUCCUUCACAACCUCCAAUAAUAACACACGCAUGCACGCUCACAUGUGUUUCUCUGCCUAAUGCUCUUGUAUUGGCCUUUUAGCCAUCCGGGCCUCCCAGUGAGGCUAAAGGUGACUCGCUUUGUGUUUCAGUACUUCAGCAUGUUGCUUGGGCUUAUUGUUUUUAUAUCCCACAAUGCUAAUCUGAUGUCUUGUCCUCUAUUCCUUCUGUGAUUGUCAUGCUUGCCAGUGGACUUAAUGGGUGUCUGAUGUGCUCAGAGGAAGAAAGGCGGGGACUGGGAAGCUUUUUAAUGACAAUAAACAAAAACAACUGAAGGACUUUAAGACGGGACUGCAUAUGAAAUGCUGGGAUCCAUGUGUUUUUUGUAAAUGUGUCUUAUUUGUUUGUUCCAGAGCAUGGGUGGGUUGGCGGGAGUAAUGAGCUCAGUAUGGGACUCACUGGUGGUGUUGGGUGAUGGAGGGGAUUGGACGGACUGGAACCAUUAAGGAUGAUAUUGAAAACGUUCUCAGAAGUGUUUCAAUUUAAAAAUAGUGCAUCCAGUUUUUUAAGGCCACUACAGCAUCUGAAAUCCUGGACUAACUGUGGGCUUGGAAGUGCGCAGUCAUCUGUGUUUUUUUUCUUUUAGAUUCCUAUUUUUCAACUGUGAACAUGUGCAGGAAUAAGCAGAGCUUAUAGUUACCCCCUUUAAUGAUAUGGAAUGUUAAUACCUCAAAUGACUCUGGUUUCUAACCACUUCUAUUAAUACGUGCAAGAACAAUGUUAAAAGUUUUGUUUAUAUGCAAAAUUACUGGAAAACAGCUACGUUUUAGUGCCCAUUUUAAGAUUAUUGCGCUGUGGUAAAUAAGUAGUGUAAUUGUAAUCUCCACUGGGGGUGGAAUUUAAAUUGCCUUGGUAUAAAUGUACAGACCAGAAGGGGACAGUACCCCUCUAUUUCACGGAGCAAAUCACCCUAUUAAGACCCAGUUUACCCUUAAAUUCUUUUAAUUUUGCUUACAUAUUUACUUUUCUCCAACUGGCAACAGCAAUAAGCAUAGGAUAUUAUAUUAUAGAUAAAAGAAAAGGUCACAUCUUGCAGGUUUUGAGGUAUUUUCUUUACUUCUCUUUUGUGGUGGUAUUGUUUUGUUGCAUCUGGAUAAUAUCAAAUGGAAACAUCAGGCCUUAUGAUCAACAACGGAACACAUUCUGCACACGCAAACACUCAACACGCCACCCAGUGUAUAUGUGCAGCUCUGACUCUCACCCCUCAGAAAUUCCCCAAAUAUAGGUGGAUACAGUGUAGUUUAUUAAAUUGCCACGUGAAGAUCAUCAUAUUAUCAUCCACCUUUUCUCCUGCGUCCAUCCCGUCGGCCUCGGAGCAUGUCAGCCUUCCAGAUAAAAUAUAAAUUGAUUGAAGACUGUAAAUAUAAAGCAGCCCAACACUUCUUUGGAAAAAUGUAUUUUGGAGUUUUUUAGCAGAGUGGAAAGACGUGACAACUGGAUCAGACUUGCGCCGUUCACUGGAUUAACAAAUGAAUGUAAUCAGAUUACCAAAUCAUCUCAUCUUGUUAUGGACGGUUCCUUCUCAGCAAUGCAGUUUGAAUGAAUUUAGUGGGGAUAAAUCCCUUUGUUGUGCAAUCCUGGCAUUUGUUUCCCCCAGAUGUCUUUUUUUCAGCACUUCUUGGAUAAAUAAAACAGUCCCUGUGUUAGUAUUAAGGCUCAGCUUUGUUUCAAGACUACCUUAAAGUGACCCUUUCGACCUCUGCAAGUCUCAAAGAAGUUCUGUUCUCCUUUAGGGAAUGCUGUGGUCAAUUUGAAUGUGUCAUUUAAAUAUGUUUUACUGACAAAAAUUCCUUCAACCAUUAUCAUACCAAUCAUAAUACAUACAUUUUUUCUCAAUAUUGGAUCUAUCGUUAUUGGUCUCAGUAGCCUAUCUAUAUAUGUCUUAAUCAUAAAACUGAAUUCACUCAGGCUGCUGAUAGUCAACAUUUAGUUGGGACAUUUAUAUUAGGUUCAUAUUAGAUCAUUAUGCACAUUUUCACAUCCAAUUCGUGUGAAAUUAAUAUUUAUCUCUUUUGGACUUACUAUCUUUGUAGUUUAUUACCCGUAACCGUGAUGGUUUCCUUUUAUUUUGCAUACAGCUUAGCUAUCAUAAAAUGAUAUAGUAGAAUGUAUAACAUCUUGGUGGUGUUUUUGGCAGAGCCCUUGUUUUUCAGUUGGUUUGUAUUGCUCAAGUGUGCAAUAACGUGGCCACUGUCACAAACCGGGCUUCAGGAAGGUCGUAACGUGACACAAAAGCAAAACAUCUCUAUCAAACUGAGCUCAUGGGUGCAUAGGGAAGAUUUAGAUUGCAGUUUCUUUAAACCACAUUGCAUUUUGAACUGAUUGUUAGUGACAACUUAAACUAAAGGAAUCAAAAACUCUUUCCAGCUGCUUUUGAAGGUAAACGUUUGACACUAGAUCUUGGGUGGAGUAUCACUUUAAAGUGAGAUUAUUGCCUUUAUACGGACUCCAGGAAGUGUCGGCGGCUGAUUUAUUUACUUUCAACAGAGUCUGGUGCUCACUGCAGUCGCCAUAUCCGUGUCUGCUCCGUGUUCCCGAACACUGCCAGCCUGCCCUGCACUGCAUCACCCACACGACUUUAAACACUGAUCUUGAUUUACGUUUUUUUUUCUUCAGUGGACUAAAACAUUUAGAAAAUUACAGUAAAGAGUGCCCUGCUCUGGUCUGGCUUGUAAGCCUCAUUAAAAUGUUAUUUGGUCGGUGGGAGGAGGCUGGCAGGGGGAAACAUUAGCGGUUCCACUUGAGCACAACCAUAAAGUCAAGUCAAUCAGCGAUUUGACAUGGCAGACCACCAAAUGUAUAUGAUUUCCCCCAGCCGCAAUAUGCAUAAAUAUGCUUCUUGAGUAAUGCAAUAAACACAUGGAGGUUUGAAUAAUAUACCUGACUGUAAAUGAUCUUGUAAGUGGAAGCAGCUGUCACCGGCUGUUUAUGGUGGACAGGCUGAUCACUGGUUUCCAAAUUCCAGUUUGUUUUCACUUCUUUUAUUCUGCUUUUCUAUCAUUACUGUGGACUAAGAGCCUAAAUGAAGUGUCAAUCUUGAUACAGUGGAAACCGCUUAUGGUGAUUAAUAAUGUAUUUAGAUCAAAAAGCUUGGCACAAAAUCAUUCUAAACACUAUUCGAACAAUCUGCUUAUAGAAGUCAAGAAUGUUGUUUUGUUUGAUACAUCACAACAUAUGGGAAACAUGUUGCAUUUCAUAUUUAUGUUUGUUCUUGGCAUGUAUAGCCUACAAAUUAUUUUCAGGCCUGUUUAAACUUUAGAAAUGUACUGAAAACCACGCCAAGCUGUAAAGUCUAAUUCUGUUUGAACUACAUCAUAUUAUAUUUGAUAUAUCUUAAUAAACAGUGCUGCACUA